UUGCGAAUGAAGUGAAAUAUUGUCGCAUAACAGACAUAUUUUGCCUUGGAAAUAGCUAGGGUAAACUCAUAUCAAGAUGCUGAGAGAACUGUAUUACAUUCUGCCGAUUCUCUUGCAACAGGUGAUAGAUGGACUACUAGCUGGGGCUUCUGGGAGAAGAAAGAGAUACCGAUUCAAGCUUUGGUGAUGUCUCCCAUUGGUGUCGUUCAAAAAAAUACCGACUAUCCUUUAGAAUCGGCUCCCAAAGAAACAGAAAAUCUCGAGGUCAGAACAGAAAGCUCUUGCUUUUGGAGAGUAGACCGCAUGCUAGGUGUUGUACCAAACGCUCAGAACUUCGAAACUGAGAUACUUGGGAGGGUCGAAGAACGCACAGCCAGAAAUUGUGUUUGUGCCCAGCUUUGCAUCGUGCAAUUUUGCAGAUUGAGUAACCGCCCCCGUCAGCUCAAAAGCAGUGAUAAACUCCACAUUCAGGCCGAAAGAGAAAGACGGCAAGUAGAAGUAUGGCGUUGUAGCAAGUAGCGCUAUUUUCUUAAUUUGUUCAAAGACAAAUUAUGAAGCUCUUUGAAAUGCUGCUGGCGUUCUGGCUGAGGUCCUCACGAUAUUU